AUGAGUGAAAUAGUCAAAAAGAUAAAAAAACCACUCGAACGCAACAAAGAAAAUAACGUAACCGAUCCAAUCCACAAAACAAAUCAACAGCUACAAGAACAAUUAAACAAUCAAACUAGUACAAUUCAACAAUUAAAUGCUGAUUUAACGAAUAUUAAUAAACUAGUUCAUGAAUUACAGGAACUGGUUCUAAAACAAAGUGCAAAAAUUACUUUAUUAGAGAGCCAAUUAGAAUACGAGAAAAAAAACUUAAGUGGCAGUGAUAUUUCGGACAAGUCACCUGAUAAACAUUUAUAA